AUGGCAGCUCUGGAUCCCGAUCAAUACACAGUGGUAUGGAUAGCCCCUCUCGAAAUUGAGGCCAAGGCUGCCAUAGAAAUGCUAGAUAACAGACACCAUGGCCACUUUCCAGUCAGUCGAGGCAAUGACUACAUCUUCCAAGCCGGCGAUGUCUGCGGACACAAUGUUGUCAUCGCAACCCUGCCAGCUGGGCAGGAGUAUGGCACGGGCUCGGCAGCCGCCCUAGCUAGCCAGGUCAAGACAUUCUUUCCCAAUCUUUGGUUUGGCCUGCUUGUCGGGGUUGCUGCCGGUCUGCCUCGGCUGUCGGGAGUCCGCCAGCGCGACAUCCGUCUCGGAGAUGUCCUGGUAGCUCUUCCCGAAGGGGAGAGCGCCGGGUUGAUAGCGUACGACCUGGGCAAGGAGACGGGGGAUGGCUUCCAGCUGCUGAGAUACGGCCAUGUGCUGGCGAGCACCGAGACUGUCGUUAGAGCAGCGAUCGGAAGCAUCAAGCUUCAUGCACCCAACGAUGCGCAAUUGUUUCUCCCAUACUAUGCAAGUAUGAAGUUGAUUGAGCAUGCCGAUGGGACAUUCGUCGACCCAGGCCAGGACGAGGACAAGCUAUAUGAGUUUGACGAAGCCGGUACGGAGAGGGUAGUCAAACGCGAUCGGCGACCCGACGCACAACGCACUAGAGUCUGGUAUGGGCCGAUAGGUUCUGGCGAAAAGCUGAUAAGGAAUGCGUCCAAGAGGGAUGAGCUGAGGGACAGAUACGAUGUGAUUGGUCUGGAGACGGAGGCUGCCGGGACAAUGAACCGCAUCCCCGUGGGCGUGAUCCGGGGAGCCUACAAUUACGGGGAUGCGCAUGAGAAUACGGAAUGGAAGCCGUAUGCGGCCGCGAUGGCGGCUGCGUAUGCCAAGGGGGUUCUGGGUCAGAUUCGUCCGAAGCGCAGCGCAACAAGCCCUCCAUCCGCCACUGCCUACUGCGACGAUCCUGCUUUCAUUCAAAACCUCAAUUUCGUCGGCCGCGAAGAAGAGAUCAGCACUAUUCACCACCAGCUCACGGAGGCAAGAAAUGGAAACCGGCAAGGCAGGGUGUGUCUCUGGGGACCGGGUGGCGUAGGGAAGACGCAGUUGGCCGCGGCGUAUGCCUCGCAGCACGAGAUGGAUUACUCUGAGAUAUUCAAAGUUUGCGCAACCGACCCAGAAGCCCUCCAGGAAAGCUUUGGCAAUCUUGCCUUCAAGAUCCUCGCCCGUGGGGGGUGCGGUGACGACUUUAAGCCUGAAGUGCCAUCAGAGGAAGCGGAUGCACACACUCGACAUUACAUUAUGCAGAGAAAUAUUUCCAUGGUCCAUCACUGGUUCGCAUCCCACCGGACGGGCAAGUGGCUGCUGGUUUUUGACGACGUUCGACUCGAGGUCGACAUCAAUCUGUAUCUUCCCCGCUCCAAGACUGGCUCCGUCAUCUUGACGAGCCAGAGCCGGGCUGCCGGCGGCCACGACUUUUUGCUCGAAGUCGGCACUUUGACUCCCGACAAGGCAGUUUCCCUUCUUCUGAAAAAGGCCAAAUUGCUGGGCCAGGAACGAGAAGACUUCCGCCCACGCGCUGCAGAAGUGGCGAGACUGCUGGGAUACCUCCCUCUCGCGGUUGAGCAUGCGGGGGCGUUGAUCUCAUGCAAAGGCGUGCAGUAUUACUGGGAGACUUUGCACUCGGAUCGCACCAAUACUCUGCAGCAGUCAGAUGGAACAUCCAUCCAUCAAACGUCAGUCUUCAAGACAUUUCAGACAUCAUUCGGCUUGCUUCAAGGCUUGAAUGUGUACGCCGCCAGGUUUCUAGUCUUCCUCAGCUUUUUAGACAACUCCGUCAUCUCAUCCGAUUUGCUAUUUGAUGAUGAUGAUACGCCAAAGAAAUCUCUCCAACACAUAGGCUUAUUCAAAGGGAGAGCCGAAUUCCACGAUGCAGUGGCUGAUCUCUACGAAUUGGCCUUGAUCUAUCGCAAAUACGACGGCAGAAAGAUAUUUUUGUCGAUGCAUCCGUUGGUCCACCACAUGGCACGGGUCAGGCUCAAUCUCUCCAACCAGACGAAUUGGGCCGCGAACGUCGCUCAGUACCUUUACGCGCCAGUGUUUCAACCUAUGGACCCCUCAAUGCAGCCCACGCUGGCGGACUUUAGAAACGUUGUGCAAGUCUUGCGGGAAGCUGCCGAGCUCGGGAUGCAAAGUAUAGCUGACACCAGAGUUCUGCGGCUCUGGGUCGCCUUAUCGAUGUUGCUGGCGCGCCAUUACACCCAGUUCCAUAUUCAUGCCAAGCUGGAACAGUUCGAAAGUUAUUGUAAACUUGCUGUUGCCAUUCUCGAGCAGGGAACUGAGGAGUAUCAACUGGUUGUCCUUGUGCCCAUCAUUCAGCUGAUGGCCCUUGCAUCUGAAUACACGACUACAGAGGACACUCCAAGAAGUGUCUACAAGACUUUUCUCUCGAAGCUCUUGAAGCCGGCUGCAGCCAGGGCCUUGGAGCAGUCCGCGAGUUCUGCUUCUUCCGAUGUUGAGCAAUUUGGAACGUUUCGAUAUUGGUGGAUGCCCUGGCCAAUGACGAUGCGUAACAUACUCAAGAGAAAUUCGCCAGAAGCGCACACUUAUGCACUCUUUGAGCGCAUGUCACACCUAUGUGUUGGUGAAAAGAGGUGGGAAGAGGCAAUUCUACUGGCACAGUUUUCUGAACUACCGGCUACACUGUGGUCAAGUCGGCCGCAAAUCGUGCCAACACCCACCCAGUUGGUCAAGGCCGCUUUCCAUGCGUCACUGGGUCAGCGAGACAUGGCUUCCUACUUGGACAAGCUAGCACAACUGGUCAGCAACCCUGGGUAUCCUGAUCACUUUGCUGUCACGUAUGAUUAUGGCGCAAUUCUAUUAAAGCAGGGUCGGUAUUGCGAAGUGGAGUCUUUGAUGACCUCUUCUCUAGACAGAGUGUUUGAGAAGCCCAAGUUCUCGCUUGCCACGCUGGAAGGCACCUGCUACGUCUGGAUCGUCAAGGCCCUCUGUCUCGCGCUGGUCCAUCAGAACCGGACAGCAGAAGCGCAGGAUGCGCUGCUCGCGGCUUACUCCACUGUACAGAGCGCCUCGGAAGACGAUACUCUCAGCCUACUCCAUAUACAACUGCUACUCAUAUCGUUCAACAGGAAAUGGGGGAUCCAUCUAGCGUCCCCGGUCAGCGAAUAUGACAGGAGCCUCUCUGAGCGGUUUCGUCGCAUGUACGCGGCCAAUGAAAUGCAGCUCAUCAAGGCCGAGGGUGUCGGCAUGGCAGCUGUCCUGCUCGCCCAAGGGGCUUUGGAAGAAGCCGCGGCGGUCAGUCUAAAGUUUGUCGAGGCAUCCGAGGCGGUUCUUGGCGCGUCGCAUGCAUUGACGCUGCGUGCGAGGCAUCUCCACCAUACAGCCGUCUCUGAGAUGCAACGUGAAGAGGAAAACAUACGAAACGGGGACUUUUGGCCGCACUUUGGCUGCAUCUUAUUCCCGCGAGACUGUCGCACAGUCAAUGAGUGCAAAGGCGGCGACGGUGCCGGGAAUGACCGUGCCAUCUCGUGGAUAAGUGAAGAGAACCGCCAGCCGCGGACCAUGUUGAAGAAACUUCAUGGCUUGGUUGCCGAUUUCGCACCUUUCCAUCUCUCGUCGCGCACAUGUUGGAUAACGUCGGGUUUGGGGGUGUUGUUCUUAUUAUCCCACCAUAGGAGCGUUGUUCUAGCUGCAUGUAAGCGGUUGAUGGUUAAAUAG